AUGAUGCUGCCAAUUCUGCUGCUGCUUCUACCAGCCCUCAGUCCUGCUUUGGCCUGGAUUCCAUUGGAGGAUUGGGAGUCAGGCAAUGUGACUGCAUCAGUGGGUGAAUCGGGUCAGUGUGUUUGUCAUGUAUAUCUGCCUGAAACCACCUUCCCUGCCGACCGGGUUGAGCACAUGCAACAAGUCAGCAAGGAUCUGAUCCUGGAAGUGGAAAUUCAAAUGAACAAGUUGGUGAGCUAUGAGGGUAAGUUGGACGUCUACUUAAAGGAGCUAAUGGAUCUGACUAUAAGAGUGGCCAUGCUGGAGACCAGUCCUGAUAGUUACAUCAAACUGGACUUUGAGCUGCUCAGGAUUGAGCUCAGAGAGUUUGAGGCUCUUGUGUCUCAGCUCAAAGAGUCCCUCAACUCCUCCUCGCCCAUGUUUGACAGUCUGUACACUGAGAUCCGCAACAUGACCCUCAUUGUGAACCAACUGGAGACUUUCGACAAGAGCAACCUUGAAGUGAUCCGCAUUGAGUUUGCUAAGCUGCAGAAGAAGCUGGAGGAGUGCCAGAAGGAGCAGGAGCUCAUCAAGCCAGACAUUGGCAACUGUAAUCACACUGGAAUCAUGGCCAUCGGCAAGCCAAUGGUGGUCCAACUGAAUGCUCAUUUGAAUGCAGGCUUUCAGUAUGGGGGCUGGGGAAAAGACUCUAAACCUGUUCGAGGCUAUGAAUCGAUGUACUUCUAUGGUGCAUACAGCGGUCCCUAUGUGUAUGACUUCUAUUUGUACUCUAAUUAUGAAAAGCUCAUUCUGAGGUCUGCAUUCAAAACCCAUGACUUACCAAGCGGGUGGGAAGGUACCGGAAACAACUACAUUGUUCACGGUAACGCCAUAUAUUACCAGCACAACACACCUUUCAGUAUGACCAAACUGAAUCUGACCAGUGCCAAGUAUGAGUACAGAGUGAUCUCAGAUGCUAGUCCAAGGUUCUCGUACAGUUACUCAGACAAUCAGAACAUUGACUUUGCAGCAGAUGAAAAUGGCUUGUGGGUAAUGUAUGCCUCGGAGGAGAGCAAAGGUAAGAUCGUCCUUGCUAAAAUAGAUGAGAAAUCCUUUGGCAUAGAGGAUAAGUGGAACACCGGUGCGUUCAAGCAGCUGGCGGGCAACGCCUUCAUGGCCUGUGGAGUCAUGUAUGCCACCAGGUCAGUGGAUCUGACCACGGAGGAGAUCUACUACGCGUACGACACUAAGACCAAGGAGGAGAAACACCUCAGCAUUCGCUUCCAGAAGUUCCAGGAGAAAUACACCAACCUGGACUACAAUCCCACUGAUCAGAAGCUCUACAUGUACAACAGUGGCUACUACGUGACCUACAAUGUAAGGUUCAACAAAUAA